GGGGGGCGGGGCGGUGACAGCGACCCCCUGUCGCGACAGGCGGUGGCUGGUGACAGGGACCCCUCUGGGGGGCGGCGGCAGCCCGGCGAGCGGGGGCGGGGCCGCCCCGCUGUCGCGACAGAGCACGACAGGGACCCCCAGGUGACCCGCCCCACCCCCCGCCAUGCUCCUGUCCCUCUGCUCCCUGCUGCUGGCCCCCACCCGGCUCCUGCUGGCCCUGUGGCGCCUGGUGGCCCGGCUCGGGGUGACGGUGGCCGCGGUGGCCGCAGGGGUGGCCUACGGGCUGUGGGGGCUGUGGGUGCUGCUGCGCCGGGGACCCCGAGGGACCUUCUGGUGGCGGGUGAGGGACCGGCCCCCCCCCGGCUUGGCCGAUGGCACUUUUGGGGAGCACCGAUACCUGCACCUCAAGGACUCGGGGCUGCGGCUCCACUAUGUCACCCGCGGCCCCCCCACGGCCCCGCUGAUGCUCCUCCUCCACGGUUUCCCCCAAAAUUGGUUCUGCUGGAGGCACCUGCUGCAGGAAUUCGGCACCACGUACCGGGUGGCGGCCUUGGACCUUCGCGGUUACGGAGCCUCCGAGAAGCCACCGGAGAAAGACAGCUACCGAUUGGAGGUUCUCCUGGAUGACGUCCGCCAGGUCAUCGAGGCCCUGGGGACACCCGACGGGCAGGGGGAGGUGACAUCGGCCACCGGCGCCACCGCGGCCGCGCCCAAGUGUAUCUUGGUGGGACACGACUGGGGAGGGCUUCUCGCGUGGGAGUUCGCCGCAAGUCACCCGACCAUGGUGGAGAAGUUGGUCGUCAUGGGUGCUCCUCACCGGGCCGUCGUGGCAGGUUUCGCCGCCUGCCACCCCUCCCAGCUCCUCCGCUCCAGCUACGUCUUCCUCUUCCAGCUGCCCUGGCUGCCCGAGCUCCUCCUCUCCUUGGCUGACUUUGAGCUGCUGAAGACCAUCCUGACGGGGCCUUGGACGGGGAUCGAGAACCCGGCGCGGCGGCUCUCGGCGCAGGAGGUGGACGCCUACCUCUACAGCCUCUCCCAGCCCGGGGCGCUGACGCCCCCCAUCCACUACUACCGCAACCUCUUCCGCGACACCCCGAUCCCCCGCGAGCCCCCCCCGCUCCCCACCCUCCUGCUGUGGGGCACCCACGACGCCUUCCUGGACCCCCGCCUGGCGCCCUGCCUGCACCGCUGCCUGCGGCCCAGCGCCCGCCUCUGCCUGCUGCCCGGCGCCAGCCAUUGGCUGCCCGAGGACCAGCCCCGCCCCCUCGCCCGCCUCAUGGCCGACUUCCUGGGGGCCGACGACCACCACCCCUAGCAGCACCCAUGGGUGCCCCGCAGCUUGGGGGGGGGGGGGCGGGGGGGGAAGGAUGGGGUGGGAGAGGGGUUGGAGGGGGGGGUCAACAUCUGGGGAGGACCCAACGUCUGGGUGGGGACCACCAACAUCUGGGUGAGGGCCCCACAUCUGGGUGGGGGCCCUGGUAGUUACGUGGGGACCCCAACAUCUGCUGGGGACCGGGGUGGGAGAGUGGGGAUCCCAGCGUCGGGGUGGGUGGGGACCCCAUGCCCCGGGGGGGACCCCAACAUCUGUAUGGUGACCCCUCCCCCCCCACAUCUGGAGGGGUCCCGGCACCGUCUGUUCCCAAGUGCCUUGAAUAAAGUUGGGUGUCAGCGGC